AUGGCGCCGAACGAUCUCCAAUGGGUCUCCACUGCGCUGCACCACCGAGUUGAGCGCUCACCGCGGCAGUCCGUCACUCGCAUCCGCACUCUCUCGCCUGCCCAGCCGCAGUCCGACCUUGGCAGCCUUCGCGGCCUCUCUCCCUCUCCUUCUCCCUCUCCCUCGCUCGCCGUGGGCUGCCACCAGCUGCUGCCUGUCCUGGCUUGCUCAGCUCGAGGCGCCCACAGCCGAUCGAGUCGAGAGCUCGAGCUCAUUCCGCGCUGUGCUGCCGCCGAUUCCCAGCUACCCAAACUCGCAGUUGCUCACGGCUCUCCUUUGGAUGCACCCGAAAUCCCAAGCGCAGCUGGAAUUCUCGACCGAGCCCAGUUCUGA